CCCCUCGCCGCGCCCGCCUCCCCUCCCCGGCACUGCAGCAUUCGUCGCCUGCAGCUCCAGCCGCAGCCCGCGCCCCUCCGGCCUCCGCCGCCGCGCCGCCAGCACCAUGGCCAGCACCGUGUCCGCCUACAAGGAGAAGAUGAAGGAACUGUCCGUGCUAUCCCUGAUCUGCUCCUGCUUCUACUCGCAGCCACACCCCAGCACCAUCUACCAGUAUGGGGACAUGGAGGUGAAGCAGCUGGACAAGCGGGCCUCUGGCCAGAGCUUUGAGGUCAUCCUCAAGUCCCCUUCCGACCUAUCCCCAGAGAGCCCAGUGCUCUCCUCUCCCCCCAAGAAGAAGGAUGUCUCCCUGGAAGAGCUGCAGAGGCGGCUGGAGGCGGCUGAGGAGCGGAGGAAGACGCAGGAGGCGCAGGUGCUGAAGCAGCUGGCCGAGCGGCGCGAGCACGAGCGCGAGGUGCUGCACAAGGCGCUGGAGGAGAACAACAAUUUCAGCCGCCUGGCGGAGGAGAAGCUCAACUACAAGAUGGAGCUCAGCAAGGAGAUCCGCGAGGCGCACCUGGCGGCGCUGCGCGAGCGGCUGCGCGAGAAGGAGCUGCACGCGGCCGAGGUGCGCAGGAACAAGGAGCAGCGGGAGGAGGUGUCCGGCUAGGGGCCCCCGCAGCUCGCCGCCGGAGCCUGCGACAGACAGGAACCCGUUCCUCCGGUUUUGGUUUCGUUCUGUUCAACUUCGUCUAGAUGCACCUUUUGUUCCUGCCCCCCACCCCCACCCGGCUCCCGGCUCCGCUUCUCCUGCCGCACGGUCCCCCGUCCUGCCCUGUCCUGCCCCGGAGGUGAGCUCCCUGGCUACGCACCCCCCUGGAGGCCCCCAGGCCAGGGGCGGCUGGGGCCCUUCUUUGCAACCCCCUUAGUGGAGGUGGACGCGGCCUGAAUAAACCCAGCCGCAGCGGCACCGAGCUCGCGGGGCCUCUGCUGGGCUGUGGGUGCUGGCAGGACUCGGGAGCAGGGGCAGUAGCGCCUGCUGUUUUCCUGUCUGGUGGGGGCCAGGAGGGCGGAGACGGGCGGCCGUCCCAGCCCCAGGAGCCUGUGUGUGCAGCAGAGCCUUUGGAAAUCGAGGGCCUGUUUAAUGUGGACGUUCUGCGAUGAGAGUGGCUAGAGACCCAAGGGUCCUGGGAGACCAACUGCCCUGGGUGGGCCCCGGGGGCGGGGUGGGUUGGGGGAGGUGGCAGGCUGUGGCUGGCUCAGUCUGCAGGGGAGUGGGCACGCUCCCCAGGGACCUGUGUGCUGGCGGCCCGGUCCAGGGCGUGUGAGGCAGAAGGGUGGGCACAGGCCCCUGGCCCAGGAAAGCCACCCUCCCCAGCCCCCUCCACCCCCAGGGCCUUGCCAGUGGCUCUGAAGGACCCCUGUCCUUGGAGACCUCCAGGGAUCUUGGCUCACGCCCUGCUCUCUGCUCAGGCGGAAUUUGCUCUGGGCAGGUGAGGCCAGGUGUGCUUCAGCUGAAGGAACAGCAAGGGGGUCAGGGUCACCCGAACCAGGCGCUUGCAAGUACAGAUGUUGGAAGGGAAAGGGCCAGGAUUCCCCAACCAGCCCCCCAUCCCCACCCGGUCCCCUCCACCUGGAGGUUGGAGACACGACACUGGGCUCUUCUGCCAAGAACCCCUGGACUGGAUCAUUCCCCAAACCUUGGCCUGGGGGAUCUCCAGAUCACUAAUGCUGGCCUUCAAGGGUUGCCACCUGCCUGGGUGUUGUGUGUGGGGGAUCACCCCGACUUUGUGCCCCUGGAAUAUCCUCCCCUUCCCCAUGGCUAGGAGCUGGGGGCAGGGUCCCUGUUGGCCAUCUGCUGGGUGUGGAGUGAGAGACGGGACAGGCUGCAGUCCCCCGUGCCACAGGCUGCCACCACAUGCACAAACCCAUGGGGCAGCUGGUCUUCCACAGCCCAGCCAGAGAGCACGGUGAGCUUGGAGGAAGAAGGGAACCCCAGUCCCUUUCCCAUCCACACCAAGCCAGCUUCAGAGGGGGCGAGGCGCCAGGACGGGACCUUGUGGUGCCCACUGUAGUUGGUGGGAUUCAGAAGGGGACACGGAAAGGGAAGUGAUGUCUGGAUUUGUCCUGACAGCAGGAGCCGAGUGUAACAUGCACCCACCUCAUCCACGUAGUCAAAGUGAAUUUAAAAAUUAAAUCAAAUGAAUUAAA